AUGCCAGAACCAACGCCCGCUGAUGGCCCUUCCAUUCCUAUAACCAUCAUAACCGGCUUUCUUGGUUCUGGCAAAACGACUCUGAUACUCUCGCUUCUGCCACAACUCCCCAAGAACUACAAGCUUGCGCUCCUCAAGAACGAAUUUGGCGACCUAGCCGUUGAUUCCCAGCUCGCAACCGCCAAGUCUAUAUCAGGCGUUACCGAACUUCUCAAUGGUUGCAUAUGCUGCAAUCUGGUCGGCCAACUCUCCGACGCACUGGAGAAGCUACGACAUGAACAUAAUCCUGACAGGAUUGUCAUUGAGACCAGCGGCAGUGCUUUCCCGGCCACUCUAGCAAUGGAAGUGAACAGACUAGUGGAGGCCACGCGGGGUGCAUAUGCGCUGGACGGCGUACUGAGCGUCGUCGACGUAGAGAAUUGGAACGGGUAUGAUGACACGAGCUAUACAGCUAAGAUACAAGCGCGAUAUACGGAUUUGAUUGUACUGAACAAAUGGGAAGCUGCAGGGGAGCGGCGCAUCGAAGAAGUUGAGGAUCGGAUUCUGGAUCUGGAGAUCGAGCCGCCGAUACCAAGGACAAGAAGUGCUCGUGGGUGGGUCAGUAAAGAUAUCGUGUUUGGAUUAGAUGCCAAUAUGGCAGGCAAAACUGAAGUGGAGCGCGAGGACAACGAGCACAAGCAUGAUCACCAGUCUGAGGUUGAGGUAUUGAGUGUGAAAAUGCCUGCGCUUUCAGGUGGUCAGACCGGCGUUGAUAUUGAGAAAUUGGGCAGGUUGCUCUCGACUGCACAAAAGGACGAAAUAUACCGCAUCAAGGCCGUGCUGUAUAGUACGACACCUCCAAAAUCCUCCGAUGCGCAUGCCGUUCCCCACGCAGACAGCGGCAAAUGUGCCGUUCCAGGUGCCGUCAAAUAUAUCCUCAAUUGGGCCUUUGGGCGAUGGACGUUCACGAUGGCUCCCAGAACAGAAGUACUGGUGAAUGGGGUAGGUGACGCGGCCAUCCGUAUGACAAUUAUAACGGCGCGAUACGAAUCGACCAAGUGGAAGAACAAUAUCGAGAAAGGGGAUUAUAUCGCGCUCGAAGGGGGGUCCGCAGAUGGACUAACGGUCGACAGAGUCCUGUGA